AUGGCUCCCGCGUUCAGAGCGACGGAAGGAUCGGCAAACUUCCCAAAGGAACCUCGCAAGGCAGGAGUUCAGGUCAAUGCGUCCGGAAAGCCGGCGAUUGCAGUAGCCGUGAGCAGCGCGAGCGGUUCUGAUAGGCUUCAAACAGCUGCUUCGAGCGGUGCUGGUUCUGGUUGUAGUAGGCUCCGCACGUCUGCUGCCGGUGCUACCGGUGCUGCCGUUUCCUCGGGCAUUGUCGCCGAAGCCUCAGAAGAAGUACGAACAGCCGGGACUGCGGUUAUUACCGACGCGUGUCCCUCGCGGGUAAACUCCGAGCUGGCUGCGUGUGACGUGGCUGCGAGAGUGGUGGAGCAUGCUGACGUGGCAGCUGAGCUGGAUGGGAACGGGCACAACCACGAGCACCCGCGAUGUUCGCCAGUGCUUCGUCGCAAGCCGAUGGACGUGCCUACGAAGAUGGUUCGCCAGCUCUUCGCGACGGGCGAGAAUAAGUACACGGGAUUGGACGAAAGGAAAGAGGAUGGCGUGAGGGACACGUGGACCGAGUCCUUGGAGCCUGAAUCGCAGUUCUCUGAUAUGAAUGUGCUUAUGUCAAGCGGUCUUGACGGGAUAACGUUCGAUUCGUCGAUCCAAGAGUGUGCUGGUCAACGGGAUGAAGAUUCUGAUGUGAGGGGAAUAGAGAACGACGAAGGGGACAAGGGAGGGGAAGAGGAGGGAUUGGAAGAGUAUGAAGAAGAAAUCGAAUUGGUGAUUGAGGAAGAGGAUUUGAAGGAAGAGGUGGAGGUGGAGGAAGAGGAGGGAUUGGAAGAGUAUGACGAAGAAUUGGUGAUUGAGGAAGAGGACUUAAAGGAAGUGGUGGAGGUGAAGAGAGAGGACUUGGAGGAAGAGGAGGAGGUUGGAGAGAGGUUUGAAGAAGAAAUCGAGUUGGUGAUUGAGGAAGACGACUUGAAGGAAGAGGUGAAGGUGGAGGUGGAGGAAGAGGAGGAGGUCGGAGAGAAGGGCGAAGGCGAGGAGCAAGAGGAGGGAAGUGACAGCGAUGAGGACGAGGAUGAGAGUGAGGAUGAGGAGGAAGAGGAGGAGGAGGAUGAGGAGGGAGACGAGGAGGAGAAUGGAAAUGAGGGGGAGGAGGAAGAGGAAGAGGAGGAGGAGGAGGACGAGGAGCGGAUGGAGGAUGGGUAUCCGAUUGUUUUGAAGGUUGGUCAGGUAAUGCUGCCGUGCAAGGUGAGGUACGACAACGAGGAGAUAGUUCAGAUCGUGGAAGCAGUUGACGAUUCGGAGAUAGUGGAGGUGGUUGAUGACGUGGCAGAUAACGAUGACGUGUCCCUUAAUGACGUGGACAAGCACAAGGACUGCCAAGGGCACGGUCGAACCUGCACGUCUCUUCCUGCGGCCAGUGGCAGCCCGCCACGUGUCCUCUCCCUGUCCAUGGAGAAUUCCUCCCCUCCCGCUCCCUCCUCACCCACCUCUCCUCUCCACUAUCCGCCCAUCUCCUUCUCCCCACCUCCCACCGAGUCCCUCGAGCAAUUGCUCACACCCUCCACCAUCCCGACUGCUUCGUUCCCAUCCCCUCCUAAGAGCAUUCUCAAGCCCUCGUUUGUAGAACGCUGCAGUAACGCAGCCUCCUCUUGCAAGGUCACGAGUGGCAAUGCCAUGGGAACCGUGGGUCGGAAGCGGCAGAGGGAAGGGAGCGAGAGUGGCAGUGCGUGUGGUGGGAGUAAGAAGGAGCAGGGAGGAGAGACGUGCGUGGAGGCGAGGGGGGUGCGGCCAACAGCACGGGAGCGAGUGGCGAGGCAGAUGGAGGUGGCAGAGGCGGCAGUGAGAAUGCUCGUGGAGCGAUGCAAGGGUGAGAAUCUGGAUGAUGCUUCACAUGGUCACGGAGCGUCUCGUGUGCCGUCCUCAUUGGCUGAUGACGCCUUGCACCAAAUGGAGCAGCUGCGCCAUGCAGUCUUGGACAUAACCAAGCCGCGCAAGCGCCUUCGAUUUGCCGAUGAGCUUGGGAAGGAGCUCAACCAUAUCCGUUUCAUUCAACCCAGAAGAGGAUGCUUUCUGGCUGUUUGCAUUGCAGCCAUUAAUUGUGCUGCCAGCAUAUCUGUUAAGAAGGAUUGUGGGACUAGUCAAGUUUGUUCCUGCAAGCUGAUAAUCUUGAAGUGCCAAGCAGACGCACGUGUUACCAUGGACUCCAACCAAUCGCAGCGUGCUGCGCAGCCGUCCGUCACGGACCCCUUCUUCGAUCUCCUCCAGCCGUCCGCCGCGGUAUCUAAGCCCGCGCAUGCCGCCACCUCGUCGUCCGCGCUCACCAGCGGAUCUCCGCCGUCCAACGACCCCGCGCUGCCGUUCGUCCGCUCCCUCAGUCCUCCCGCCGAGUCGGCUUUCGCAGGCUCCGCGUCUCGCGGUGGCAUGGCAAGCUCUUCACAGGGCCCAACCCACUCCCAGCCUCAACACCCUUCCCCCCCUCAUCCAUCCUUUUCCACUGGAGACGGGGGCAUGGGCGGCGGCGGAAUGGGGGGUGGUAACCUGGGGGGAGGGGGCAGCAUGGGGGGAGCAGCAGGGGGAGCGGGAGGCGCGGGGGGCGCAGGGGGCGCGGGGGGCGCGGGGAUGCGCGCAGCAGCAGCAGCGCGCGCGCCAGCGACAGCAGGGGACGUGGCGCAGGUGGCAGCGGAGGUCACCUCCGCCAUGGAGCGCCUGCUGCAGCGCUUCUCUGAGGGCGUGUCUGCCGCGUUGGGGGACGCCAGCAGCAGGGUGAGGCGCGUGGAGGCGGCAGUGGCGGCGCUGCAGGGGGCUGUGGACCGUGCUGCAGGGGAUGACGGGGAGAGGCACGCUGAGGUCGACUCGCGGCUGCGAUCGGUGGAGAACGUGCUUCUAGAGCGCUUCUCCGAGGUGAGUUUUGAGUCGACUGAAAAGGCAACGGAGGUGACGUCCGCCAAGCGCAUGCUGCAGCGCUUCUCCGAGGGCAUCUCUGCCGCGCUGGGGGACGUCAGCAGCAGGGUGCGACGCGUGGAGCCGGCGGUGGCGGCGCUGCAGAGCGCGGUGAACCGUGCUGCGGGUGAUGAGGGCGAGCGCCACGCUGAGCUGGAUGGGAGGCUGCGAUCGGUUGAGAACGUGCUGCUAGAGGGCGCUGUGGACCGCGCUGCUGGGGAUGAGGGGGAGAGGCACGCUGAGCUGGACUCGCGGCUGCGAUCCGCGGAGAACGUGCUGCUAGAGGUGAGUGAUUGUAGUGAGAUACUCUUAAAGAAGUAUCCGCAGCAUGGACUGAUGCGAGGAUCAGGUGCAGCGUAA